GAUCCCUCAGGAUGAGCUUCCAGGCCCCACCCCCACUCCUGCAGCUGGCAGUGCAGAGGCUGCUGAGGGAGGAGGCCCUGGCCAUCUCUGCUCUGCAGGACCUGCCCAUGGAGCUCUUCCCCCGACUCUUCAAGGAGGCCUUCACCCGCAGACGGUCUGCCAUCCUGAGGGCGAUGGUGCAGGUCUGGCCUUUCCCCUGUCUCCCAUUGGGGGGUCUGAUGAAGAUGUCGGUCCCCUACCUGGAGACCUUACAAACCAUACUGGAUGGGAUCGAUACACUGCUUGGCCAGAAGGUUCACCCCAGGAGUCACAAACUUCGAGUUCUGGAUUUGCGGGCUUUGCACAAGGACUUCUGGAACGUAUGGGCUGGAGAUAAGACAGAUGCUUGCUCUCGAGUGGUCAAGCGUAAGAGGAAAACACAAGAGAGAGGUGUGAGGAUAGGGGCGGAGCAGUCCUUGAAGGUGUUUGUAGACAUAUACCUCAAGCCAAGAGCCCUGGAUGCGUGCCUGUCCUACGUCUUCCUGUGGGUGGAAGCGAGGAAGGGUUUGCUGCAGCUGGGCUGUAAGAAGCUGAAGAUCUCUACGAUGGCUCUCCAGAACGUGGUGAAGGUUCUGGAAAUGCUGGAUCUGGACUGUAUGGAGGAAGUAGAAGUGUGCUGCACCUGGAAACUGUCCACCCUGGCCGGCUUUGCUCCUUACCUGGGCCAAAUGAGAAAUCUUCGCAAGUUCCUUCUCUCUCAUAUCUGUGAGCCUGCCUCCAUUUCCCCAGAGGAAAAGAGGAAGUUGAUCAGUCAGUUUACUUCUCAGUUUCUCAACCUGGAGUGCCUCCAGGAGCUCUCCCUGGACUCCGUCUCCUUCCUCGAAGGUCAAAUGGACCAGGUGCUCAGGUGCCUGGAGGCCCCCUUGGAGACUGUCUCUAUCACCGACUGCCAGCUUUCGGAAUCAGACUUGACGUCCUUGACCCAGUGUCCAGGCAUCCGUCAGCUCAAACACCUGAACCUAAGUGGUGUCAUACUGACCAACAUGAAUCCUGAGCUCCUCCGAGUCCUGCUAGAGAGAGUCGCAGCCACCCUGAAGACCCUGGACUUGGAGAACUGUAGGAUUGUGGAUAGCCAGCUCAGUGUCUUUCUGCCUGCCUUGAGCAGCUGCUCCCAGCUCACCACAUUCAACUACUUAAGGAAUCCCAUGUCAGUGGCUGUUCUGGAGCGCCUGCUCUGCCACACCGCUGGGCUGAGUUGCUUAAGCCUGGAGAUGUAUUCUACCCCCUGGGAGAUUUAUGGUGCCCAGGGUGCUUCUCACCACAAGCGGCUAGAACAGCUCCGUGAGGAGCUGAGUAGGACAAUGAAGCCACUGAAACGCACCAAGACAGUGUGGUUCAGCAUCAUUCCCUGUCCACCUUGUGGCAACCAGCCCAUAUGAGUCAGAGCCCAAGCUGUGCUAGGGCUAUGGUCCUAUCUAACUGGGUACUGGUGUGCCAAAUGAUUCCUUCUAGCUCUUGGAAGCAGAUUCCUUCUGGUAUAGGUGAAUCCUGAAGAGGACACAGAACCUGUGGUCUCAGUGUGUUGGGGGUGGGAGGGAUGGGUCAGGCAGCAAAGGCAACCUCAGAGAGAGAAAUGUUGACCUGGGAAUUGAUGGGAACUUUGGGACAUGUGUAUUCAGAAAUAAGAGGAGAAGUUUCUAGAAUCUGGAUAAAGAGACACUUGAGGGUGUUGGGAUCCGGGUAAAGAAAUGGCCAGUGUGUUCUUCCUCACUUCAUGCUACAGGGUGAGUGGAAUACACCAUGAUUGUCACUGCAGCUUUGCAGGCUUAAGGAGCCACCAGCAGCUACCACCUUCAUCUCCAGCUCUGAGCGCUAGAGAAUUUGCCCACUGUCGGUCCCAUCCACCCAAGAAGGCCACAGUUCUGUCCAGAAGGCAGUACAGAUUUUGGACAACUUCACCAACAGGAAUGAAAAGAGCUGCCAGGUGCUGGAGACCUCUACAAACAAAAUGGGAAGGGACGGGCUUAAACUUUACAUAGGCAACAUCCAUACACCAUGCUUGAAGAUCGGUAAAGCAAGGCCUUUAAUCCCAGCACUCGAGAGGCAGGUGCAGGAAGAGCUCUGAGUUUGAGGCUAGCCUGGUCUACAGAGUGAGUUCCAGGACAGUCAGGGGUACACAGGGAAACCCUGUCUUGAAAAACCAACUGAACAAAAAAAUCAGUAAAGCAGACACACAGUAGAGUUGAGAAAUAUCUUUGUUAGUCUUAAGGUGCCCUUGUCGAAGCUGAUCACUGCAAACAGACCGGAUUCAUCAUCUGACCUCUGUUGGGCUUACAGCUGUUACAGGCCUCUUGAUUUAAGUGACUGGUCCUAUUGCACUGGGGGUGGGUGGCUAUCAGUAAUACUACUGGGGGGUUAAAUGUAGGACUUUGUGUGUGCUAGGCAAAUGCUCUACCACUAUUAACUUUUAAAGAAUUACACUGCUCUGUGUGUAUGUUGGAUUUAGGGGAAUUUUCAUUGUUUAAAUAAAUGUGUGACAAAGAA